AUGGCCAACAUUACUACACGCAGGAAAUCUGAUGUGUUCAACAGUCUCAAGUUUCGUGAUUCUUUACGCUACAUUCCUAUGCCUUUAGCGAAAAUGCCAAAAACCUUUGGAAUCACCGAGAUGAAAAAGGGUUAUUAUCCCUACUAUUUCAAUCAUCCAGAAAAUUAUGGAAAGAAUCUGAUUGGAUUACCAGUAAAACAUUUUUACGACCCAAGUCAUAUGAAACCUGAAGCAUUAGCCGAGUUUGAAAGAUGGUAUAACGAACACGAGCUUGAACCUUUCGAUGCUGAUCAAGAAUUACUAUCCUACUGUCAAAGUGAUGUUGAAAUUCUUACUGCAGGACUCUCGGAAUACAUUAAGAUUUGCAAAAAGUUAUUCAACAGCUGGAAUUCUGUUAUGUCUUCUUGUACGAUUGCCGGAUUUGUUAAACAUAUUUUGAAAUUUGAGCACUUUGGAAAAGGAGAUUUGGGAAUUAUUCCCGAAAAUGGAUUUCCAGAAAGGAACAAUUCUGUUUUUGCUAUAAAAAUGCUAAUGUGGAUUUGUCACACUUUGCUGAGCACACUUGAGAAUGACCUGUCGAUAACGUCUUUUUUUUACACUUGUGACAAUAUCUGCAAAAUUGAAGAGUGUUUAUGA